CAACCUUCAAUAUUAAAACAAGCAAAAUGUUGAUUAAAAUUUUCUUAAUUUUUGCAAUUUUUCAUCAAACUUACUGUCAAAUUGACAUGGGAUUUGAUCCUCGAUGUCCAGAAAUCGAUCCAUUUCCACCAAUUCAUCUACCACACGAAUCUGAAUGUCAUUUGUUCUACAAAUGUGCUAAUAGACACAUUUGGCUCUUCGAAUGUCAACCACCAUUACACUGGAGUGUGAUUCAUGAUCGCUGUGAAUGGCCAAAUAUAGCACAAUGUGAUCCAGAUGAUCUUCCUGGUAUUCCAACACCUCCUUCAAAUACAACAACUACACUCGGAACUACAACACCAGCUUAUUCUGACUGUCCACUUUAUGACAAUCCAAAUAAUGUUGUCUUUGUGCCUGAUAGAACUAGAUGUGAUGGAUACUUUGUGUGCUUCAAUGGAAAUAAAGUUCCAAGAACUUGUCAUCCAGGACUACAUUGGGAUCAACAGAAUAGAUGGUGCGAUAAUGCAGCUAAUGUGCCUUGCAGUUUAUAAAUUAUAUUCAGAUUAGGAAGUGUGAACAAGGUAAACCUGGAAUUCAGGACAUUGAUGAUGGGUUUUUUGGUGAUUAAUGUGACAAAAUUGAUUUUUUAAUAAUUUAUUAUGUUUUGGCAUUUUAUAGAAUUGUAAUAAAAAUGUAACUGUGAUAGCUU